AUGCCGGAAUUAAUAGAGCAGAUGUACAGUUCCCAACAAAUCGUUGUUCCACCAAAAUUUCCUUACAUUUUAAAAAGAUAUUGUAAAGCCGCCAUCAAAACACAGCCGUAUGAUCUUCUACGUUGGUCUUUCGAGUACUUUUCAGCGCUAUCACAGAAUCGACCCCCGCCAGUAAAACUAAGACUGGAAUACCCAAUUUAUAAAACCGAGGGUGGUUUAACUAGGGGUUGCUUGAAGGUUAUAGCCAACCAGCUAUCCGGUUUAAAGGAUAUACCACUAUCCGCUGUCCGUACAGCAUGGCAGGGGUUUUGUCUCGAUCCUCACGAAUUAAAUAGGAUCUUCUGUUUAUGUGAAGUCUACAUGAGGGAAGACACUGUACCCUUUCUACAUUUCAUAGCGGUCGCGGGAGGUUUGUUGACGAAGAGUCUCACUCACACCAUGAUCCUUCUCUGUGAAACCCUCACAAAAGAACCUGAUGGGGGUUCAGCGGCUAUACCUGUAUGGGAUUUCCUUACUAUGUACAAGCUGUUGGCUACCAUGGACGCGUCUAGUGAUGUGAAAUAUUUAAAUGGAUAUAGGGAGGGGGAAACCCCUAGAACUGAAUCUGUUUUGGAGGAAGAACAAACACAAGUGACUGAGGAGCAAGUUGAAUCAGAGAAAAAGUUGAAAGAGUUGAGCGCUGGAAAGAUUGCAUCAAAGCAAGAAAUGUCAGGUGUAACACAACAAAAAGAAGAGAAAACGGAGAAAAAGAAACAGAUAGAAAUUAUAGUGACGGAUGAAGAUGAUAAUGAAAUACCAUACGAGAUUUACGGUGAACCUAAAGAAGAUCAAAAAGAAGUAGAAGAUAUUUUAGGUCCAGAAGAACAUGCUAAAGAAGAAGAAACUGAGAAAAUUUCUGAAGCUGAAAGAAUUAAGGCUUUUGUAGAUAAAUGUUAUGAAAGUCGAGAAGAGCGUCGAGAAGAUUUGGAACGUACGUUUGAAGAAAUAGCCAACAUUGUGGAUAGAUUUAAAUCAGCCAAUUACGAUCUUGGUAUGAUUGCCGGCCGGCAAAUGUCGAAUACUAGUGGUGAAUUUAUCGUCGCAAAUAUUGAAAAGGAGAUAAUGGACUACGUAGACGAUCAGAUAGCUAUACUACCAGAUCCCGAUUUAAAAAGAAAGAAGGCAAAGCCAGAAGAGGUAGCAAUGGUGACAGAGAUUCUCGAGAACUUCUUGGAUGAGAAUAUGGAUGUGAUCGUACCCGAAGUGGAGGAGAUUGAAGAAGAAGAACACGCUGUUCCGGAUGUUAUUCAAGUUUAUGCAGUACCAGGCAUAGGGCCACCCGUAGACGAAGAUAUUAUAGGGGCCUUUCAGGAAUACGCCCUAGACAUUUGUAAGGUGCAAGCGGACUUGUUCAUGCCUAGGAAUAUUCGCCAUUUUCUUUGUCCCCCUUUGGAAAAAUACAUAGAGCAUGAGUAUGAAGAUUCUCAGCCUAAAGAGGAAGAAGUUCCGACGGGUGGAGUUAUUACUGAU